AUGGCCUCGGGAGCAGAAUUCCGACAGGAUAUGCCUCCAAAGGGAGGCUAUCGAGCCUUCAACUUCCAUCGCACGUUCCCGAAACUCGUUUGGAGCCCUGGAACCGUCGUGGCAGCCAUAUUCGGAGCCACCGCAUAUGGAGUUUACUCCGCUCUUGAAGGAAAGAAGGCAGUCAUCACUGAGAAAUUCGAAGAUGUUGACAUCAACAAUGCCAUGCAGCCCUUCCUUACUGCCGAACGUGACAGAUAUUGGCUCAAAUUGAUGGCUAAAAACCGCGCUCUCGAAGAGGAAAUUAUGAAAGACGUUCCAGGAUGGAAAACUGGUACCUGGUAUGGAGAGCCAGUGUAUUUUACCCUUGGAGACAAGUGGUGGGAUCCAUCAGCCACUGAGGUGUUCGCUCAUUCAUGGGGAUCCGUUGAAGCCCGUGAUCAUCUUUGGCGUCAACACUCCGAGUAUGCCGGUCCAAAAUUCUACGAUAACUGGUUCCCACAAUGGAUGUCCAAGUGGUUCUGGUAG